UCUGCCCGAAAGUAGUUGCGUGCCGAUCGCCUUGGAGGUAAGGCGCUUUUUUUGGUGUGUGGUCAAAGCAUUCCCAAAGUACGCUGCCUUCUACAAGGAACAGCCCUUAUUCCACCUUCACAGUCAUUUUUGUCUUACCUCGUUCCCCAUUCAGUUUCAGGAUAAAUAGCUGAUUUCUCUUUGGUGCCGGGCUCACACAAGCCAGUGGUCAAGCGCUAUCAAAGAAGCAUAUACAUUCUGAAGCUGAGGGGCAUGAGAAUUCAGGCUUGUGGUCAACUCCCGAAACAAUCAGCACAUUUUCUCUUUGUGGUAUACCUUUCAGAGCAUAUCAGCAAACCAACACUGAACUGCACCUGACGUCCUCGGUGGGAAUAAACAAGAAAAAUAUUCCUUGCAUCGUUGAUCCCAGUCACGACUUUUCGCUUGGUUAGUCAAGUCGUCUUUUCAGAAAGCUCAUCAGUGCGUCCACUUUGGACAUUCUUCUGAUGACGAGGGGCUCUUCGUGUUGAAGAAAUUCGCUCUGGAAAAGAAUAAAAAAAGAAAAAGAAAGAAAACUAAAGCAAGAAUUUAACUCAGAAGCCUCGAGACCAACUGGACAUUAACUGGACCUUGACGAAGCUUUGCAACGAGAAUUCUUGAGAACUGUUCUGUGCUUGGUUUGGAUGCCGCUGGUGUCGUCAUUCCAAAGUAUCCUUUUUGACCAAGUCAACUGCACAAACAGACGGUGUCGCUCGUUUUGAGGAUAACUUCCCUGUUGAUUUAAUACUACUUCAGUCAAACAUCUAGCUUCACGAGAAAAAAAAAAUGGCAAAUCUGGACACGGACAGUCCUGUCGUAUGGCCAAAAUGGUGUUACAAUAAUCGACCCAAAAACGAUAAAGACGCUACCGAGGCGACAGUUCCCAAAACCCCUUUGUCAAACAAGACUCGUCGUAAAAAGAUCGCACGAAGCAAGCAAGAGAGCUCUGGCGUCAAACGCGAACGCUGCACUCCUGAUAUGGAGAUCGGCACGGGAUCAUCUCGCAGCGGUUCACCAUACAGUCCCAAUUCCCAUUCCUACCAACCUCAAACGCCUUCAAACGCGGAAACGCCAAGCAACUCCUGUUUCUCUCCACCGGAGCGUUUCAGCCCGGGAAACCAGAACAUCGCCACCAGCAAGUUGAUGUCAGAAGGACUGCAAAUGUCUCGAAACUACAGUGAUUUCAUGCGUAGCUUAGCAGCAAAAUACAACAAUUCCAAUCCCAAUGACUACCCAUCCCAACAAACCAACAGUUUGAUAUCGCUGAUGGACUCGCGUUCCUCUUGCAAGGAACUGGUUUCCGGCGAAGGAUCUUCACAUCAGACGUCCACUUUCCCCCUAUUUAAUAUACCGAUGAGUUCGUUUACUUCAAACGCUAUGGCUGCCCGAAAGCAUUCCGAGCUGGCCUCCACAGGAAGCGGAAGUGGUAAGAAAGAGCGUAAGGAAGAAUUUUUCACGAUUCCGGUUUUGCCUCUGUGUGGACUGGUGCAAGACGCAAAUAUUCAUCAAGGACUACCACCUGGUUUCCCGUCCAACCCUACGAUGGAUAUGAGCUCGACCCAAGCUUUGCUCAGCAUUGUCCGCUCAGCUACGGCUCGAAAUGCCCAGCAGAUAAAUACGUACUUCGGCGGCGUUGCUGCCCCAACUUCAACGGCAUCUUUGAAACGAACAGCUGAAACGGCUGGAAUCGCAUCGCAAACACCGCUCGAUCUGAGCGCUCCUGUUGCUAAACGCCCCUACGCGGAAACGCUGGCGCAGUCAACUGGACGUAAUAGUCGCUUCCUUGAUUCAGCCAGAGCGUCUUCGUUGGAAUCGGACAACCUUUUUAAGAGACAAUACUCUCCCACUGACAGAAAGUCGCCAUCACGUUUCGUAGCAAAUGUGAUAAGUGCUUAUGUCAACGCUAAUAAUGCAGAGAAGAAAGUGGCAACGCAAAAUACGGUUUCAGUCGUUCAUGCUCCCACAAACUGCCAUUUGAGUUGUGCUGCGCAUUCUUGUAGUCCGGCCGCAGCUGAAGUGCGGGAGUGGUCAAUCAGCCAUGUAGUUGAUUUCGUCAGAAGCAUUGAUCUCUGCAAAGAAUACGCUCAGGUAUUUCAAGAGCAUUCAAUCGACGGUAGUAUACUUCCAUUGUUGACUGAAGAGCAUCUCAUUACAAGCAUGAACAUGAAACUAGGCCCGGCAUUAAAGCUGAGAUCCGUGUUGGCAAAAAAGAUUGGCCAUUGUGCUAUAUGCCUUCAUUGUGUUCAUUGUCAUGCUGAAUCAACCAGAGUGACUCCGUCUCCGUCUUUACAAGAUCAAAAAGAUUUCGGCAAUGCAUGACUUGGAAAUCAAUGCCGUUUCAUUCUGUAUAAGUAACAUUUAAUGUAUUUUGUGUUUGUAACCUUAUUACGUCCCUUUAAUAAUCGAUCGAGAUGUUGAUCGAUAUUCUAUCAAUCGAUUAUUAAAGGAACAGCUAAAACUGUUUCAACAGCUGUUCGUCUGCAUUGUUUGGGGCCUUAAUUAGGCUCCUCCUACCAAAGAUGGCUGAAUUGCCAAAUUUGGGAAGGAAGAGCCUAAUACAACUUUAAACUUAAAUAUCUCGAAAAAUAAAUUUUUUCGAGGUAACAAACCUCUCGAAAAAAUGAUCCCCGUAAAAAAUUACCCUAGCCCAGUUAAAUACAAAAAAUCUUUAUUUUCCGUGCGUGUACCCUAUAGACAAUGUUAGGAUGCUGAGUUGCCAGGCCAGGAAAAGGCCGAAAAUAUCAGUUAGGGACGACAUGCCUGAAAUUAACACAGCCCUCAAUUUUUAAGUAAAAGGCAUUUUGUUUUCAAAGACAGUAUCCUGCCCCGAGGAAAGAGAACCCCUCGCCACCCCUUUGUCUCCUCUUAGUUUCUUCCUUCGUCUCUUCUUUCCAUUCUUCCCUUGGGGCAGGAAAUGGCGAUAUUUUUUUGUAAACACUGUAGGGACGUUUACAAAAAAAUUAAUAAUAAAUAAACUACAAUGUCCAGUGAAGUCAGAAAACAAUAAGUAACUUGCCAGAAUGAUGACAAAUCCUUUAAAAAUAUUAAACACUAAAAUAACCUGUUCUUUCACUUGUAUUAUUUAAUCAAAAAUGAAGCUCCAUAAGAGGGCUGUGUUAAUUUCAGGCAUGUCGUCCCUAAUCGAGAUUUUCGACCUUUUCCUUACCUGGCAACUCAGCAUCCUAACGUUGUCUAUUGGUCAGACAAGGCGGGGCGGACAAUUGUAGCAGACAUCAUCUUGACUCAAAUGCUGCGUUGCCGCGAGGGCAACAAAUGUAAAAAAAAGAUGUCAAACAGCCCUAUAUGAAUGCAGAUGUUCCGUAAAUUUACAACAUGGGUAACUCCAUUUCAACUUGAACUUUUUGUCGCGGAAAAUUCUGGUUCUUUUUCAGGGGUUUUCUUAAUACAUUAACAUGCAUUCAGCAAAAUGCCUUCUGGUUUGUUAUGGGAGAGCUUAAAUACCAUCCCACCUAUCGUUGGUAGAGCGCUAAGGAAACACCAAUAAAUAACGUUAUAAUUUAUCCAUUGAAAACUAAUUACUAUCAAUAUUAAUUCAAUACACAUUACGAGUACAACAAGUA